AUGACCCGUGGUGAAGAGGACGACGCCGACGAAGAGGACGGUGUUGACAUUGGUAGGAGAGUCAUUGGAGAUGCUAUUACAAUGUCAAAUCUUACAAAGCUUGAAUUUGUGGCUCUUGAUAUUACUGGCAAGAAUUAUCUAUCUUGGAUUCUAGAUGCUGAAAUCUAUUUAGAUGCUAUGGGUCUUGGUGACACAAUCAAAGGAAAAAAUGAAGCAUCAAAUCAGGAUAAGGUAAAAGCAAUGAUUUUCCUUCGCCACCAUCUUCAUGAAGGAUUAAAAAUUGAGUAUCUCACAAUAAAAGAUCCUGUCGAUCUUUGGAAAAGUCUAAAGGAAAGAUAUGACCACCAGAAAAUAGUAAUUCUGCGAUUGCAAGAUUUUAAAACUGAAAAUAAUGAGCUAUUGAUGAAAAAUCGUGAAUCUCAGCCAAUUGGUUCUGCUCCAUUCCCUGAAGUGAAUGCGACAUCAUUUAGAAAUUCUGACCGUGGUUGUGAUCGUAAUCAUGGUCGUAAUUGUGGACGUGGAAAAAGUCCCCAUAAUUACCACAGUCGUGGUGGUUACAUAAAUUAUUAUUCUGAUAAUAAGAAUACCCACCAGAAGUGGAUGAAUAGUGAAAAGAUACAAGAAAAGGACAAAGGUGGACAAAGUAAAAAGAAAAUAGAAAAUGCUUGUUAUCAAUGUGGCAUGAAAGGUCAUUGGUCACGUACCUGUCGUACACCAAAACAUCUUGUUGAACUUUAUCAAGCAUCACUAAAAGAUAAAGGAAAAAACAUUGAAACAACUUUUGUUAAAGAUAAUAGCCAAGUUGAUAUAGCACACUUGGAUGUUGUUGAUUUUUUUGCCCACCCUAAAGGACGAAUUGAUCAUUUGAUUGGAGAUGAGAAUCCCAAUAAUGAAAUUGUUUAA